UAUUUGUGUUGGAGUUGGAAGUGUACGAAAGCAGACAAAAUAGUCUGGUGAAUAAAGUGUGUGAAGACAUUUUCAUUUUAAAUUACAGUCAUGCUAAAGCGUGGUAAAGUGAACAGGAUAUGGGACUCUGAAGGAUGGGAAGGAAAGUACAGUGAGCAUGAUGACCGUGUCCGUGAUGCUCUUCGGGGAAUAACUUCUCAUCACUACUCAAAAAAUUAUUCACAUACAAGGAUGCGAGAUGUGUCCAUACUUGAUGCUGAUGUUGUUAUGGGUGUGCAAAGCUCAAGCGGAAGUACGCGGUUCAACCCAUAUGUCAGAAGGGGUCGGAAUAAGGAAGGAGCAGGCUUUGGUGGUGGUAUGACUGCAGGUGGCAGGGGUUCAGCCAGCAGGAGGAGAUCAGGUCGUCGCAGUAUACCCUUGUCCACCCAUUUCAGCUCAAAAAAAUUUUCAGAGAGCUCAACUUCCUGGUAUAAAGUAACGAUUCCUUAUGGUGGCAGAUAUACUAAAGAGUACAUACUGAAGACAUUACUGGCACAUAUUGCACCAACAGCGUUCAUUCCGCUCAAAUAUGAAGUUCGUGGAAUAGAUUCCUCUUUUUUUGUUGAUGAUUCAGAGGCCGCAGAAAGGUUGGACAAUGCUGACAGGAAGAUCACCACAAUAAAAGGAUUUAGGCUGGUGAUAAAAGUAAAGCCAGAAUUACCACAUGUGGAGCUCAAUUCUACCCUGAAGGAAAAAAUAAAGGCAGCAAUGGUGAAACGUUAUAAUGCUGACCUAAAAGCUCUUGAUUUGUCCCGCUUCCACACAGAUCCAGAUCUUGUGGAUAAUUAUGCCGUGGCGUUAUUGAGACCCAACGUGAUGUUGGCAGUUUUAGAUAUCAUUGUGGAAAAUGUUCCGGAGCUGACAGCGCUUGAUUUAUCUGACAAUAAGCUUUAUGCACUUGACAGCCUGAAUGUGCUUGCUGCUAAAGUUCCGAACCUCAAAGUCCUUCACAUCGGGAGAAACCGGAUUCGAGACAUGAACCAGUUCAGCUGUUUAGAGAGCCUCCGUGUGGAAGACAUAGUGCUUCGUGGAAACCCCCUUUGUGACAAAUAUCAGGAUAAGAAUUUGUAUGUGAGCGAAGUGAGGAAGAGGUUCCCAAGAGUGAUGAAGCUGGAUGGGGCUGACCUCCCUCCGCCAAUACUGUUUGACGUGAAUGAAGAUCUACAAUUGCCAAAAAGCAAGGGGAGCUACUUGUGUGCAGAAGAAGGCAUGACUAUCGUGCGACAGUUUCUGGAGCAGUACUACCAUCUGUAUGAUAGUGAUAACAGAGAACCUUUGGUCAAUGCGUACCAUAAUGAUGCCAUGUUCUCAGUCACAUCAGCCUACCCACCGGGUCAGAGUUCCACUACCUCUUCUAAGCUUGUGAAUUACAUCACAGAUAGUCGGAAUCUCAUCCGUGUGAAAGAUAGCACCAGAAGACAAAGGUUUUUAUACCAAGGAAAAAUGGCCAUUGUCGCAUGUCUUUCCAAACUGCCCAAGACACAGCAUGACCCUCUUUCAUUUGCUGUUGACCUCACGCUCUUCACGCCACAGUUGAUCUCGAUAUCAGUCACAGGCCUAUUUAUGGAGCGUGGACUCUCGAAGAACCAGGCCCUGAGGUCAUUCAGCAGGGUAUUUAUGAUAGUGCCUUUUGGUGAUGGUUUCUGCAUCGUUAAUGAGCAGCUGUUCGUUACAAAUGCAACCGAUGAGCAAAGGAAGGUGGCAUUUCAAACGCAAGUGCCAGUAGUAAUGCCACCACCUACCCCUGUGGUCGUACCGGUAGCAGCUGCGACCUCUCCCCAGUCAGUGCUCAUGGAUGAUAAUGCAAAGCAGCAGUUGGCAGAAAGUUUUGCUGCCCAGUCUGGGAUGAAUGUUUGUUGGGCAAGAAAGUGUCUUGAUGAAACUGGGUGGGAUUUUCAGCGAGCCAUGUUCGUUUUCACUGAACUGAAUAAACAAGGAACAAUUCCAGCAGAAGCUUUUAUUAAAUGAGUAUUUAUAUACUUAAUUAAGAGAUCAUAUGUGGUCCUUAUAGAAACACUUUUCACUGAGUUGUGUUCCCAUCAGUGUACCUGUGAACAUUUUCAUUCCAUCUUCAUGGUUUUUGUGCUUUCAGUAUCAUGUAUGCCAAUGAAAAGAUUAUGUGUAUAUUCGCAAGAUGAAGCUGUUUUAAUGGCUAAAGAGUGGGGUAGAAGAAUUUCCAACAAACUUGAAUACAAAUCUCUUAACAGCAAUGACAUCACCCAAAGGCAUGGAUAAUGCUUCAAAAGUACAGUCACUCUUUUCUUAUUUUUAUUGCAAGAUUAGAGAAAAUGUCAGUUGAAAGUUACAGAGUAAGGGAUACUUUACCCACAAAAUAGAAUACAUAUUUAAUUUGCACAUCACCAAUGUAUAUGUAGAUGGUAGAGUGUUGAUGAAGUCUGCUAUUUUUUAAGCAUUGUCCAAAACCCAGUUUGUAUUCACAGGGGUUGGACAGAAUAAUGGAAACACUACAGAUACUGUACACAUUUCUGUAUUAAUAUGAUGUUGAACCAUCUUUUGCCUUCAAAGCAGCUGCUUUGGAAUGGACUCAUACAAGUUUUGAACAGUCUUUAAUGGAAUUUUAUACCACUCUUCUUGAAGAACUUAUUCAAGUUGCUUUAGGAAUGUUGGAGAUAGGAACCGAAACCUGAUUGGAAUGCUCUUUAAAUGAUGACUGAACAAACAGUUCCAGCUGUGUGAAUUGAGACAUCCUCUCGGAAAAGUGCAUCUUUUUUCAGAAAUUUCUGGCUCAUGGGAUGCACCUGAUUACCAAAGCUGUCUACUCGUACAUACUCCCUUGCAGUACUUUGGCCAUGAAGGGUAAUGGGCCCAACAGAAAGCUCUUCUACAAUUUUACUUCCCAAACCAUCACAGAGCCUCCCUGUGUUUCACUGUUGGAACCAGGCCUUCUGGAUUGUAGGCUUCCUUGGGUCUUCCCCAAAUCUCUUCCUGCUGUAGUGAAUAGCAUGAAGGAAAACUCACUGAGCAUUACUUUCAGUAAUCAGAGGUUUAGUAAUUGCAGUCCUACCGUGGAUGUUGGAUUUGUGAAGCUCAUGUCAGACAGCUUUUGUGGAAACAUGAAUAUUCAGUUCUGCUGUCACCUGUGCUGCAGUAGUUCUGUGAUUUAGAAACAGUUCUUCUCAGUGUGGAAAGUUCUCUUUCAAUCAGUGUUCAUUUUUGCCCACUGUUCCUUUUCUCUGAUGAUGUCUUCCCAUGAUUUGUGUAAGAGGACAUAACCUUUGAAUCUGUGACUGGGUACACCAAAUAAUGUGGCAGUUUUUUAUCUCAGAUGCUCCGGCUAACUGUGCCCCAAUGAUCUGUCCUCUUUGAAAAUCGGACAAGUCUCCCAUUUUCCAGUUCUUUCACAUGGACUAUCAACACAAUUACUAAUGCACUGAAAUGAGCAGUAUAGUGUGUAAACAAAUAAAAGAACAUUCAGUGUUGGCAACUGAAGUUCUUUCAGUGUGCCCUACACAGGUUCUAUUCCUCAA